UCUAUAUUUAUCCCCUUAUCAGCACCGCAGCCACAGUCCCAUAUAGGGUAGAGCCUGGAGAUAAGGGGGGGGCCACCACAUGCUCCCCCCAUCCCAGGCACUGUUUUUGUCUUCCAGGAGCGCUGACGCACAAUGGCUGAGGAGGAAGUGCCGAAGCCCCCGCCUCUGCGGCGCAAAUCAUCUGCCAACUACCGGGCGUACGCUGUGGAGCCCCAUGCCAAGAGACAAUCCAAGAUCUCGGCUUCCCGCAAGCUACAGCUCAAGACGCUGCUGCUGCAGAGAGCGAAGCGGGAGCUGGAGCGUGAGGAGCAGGAGCGGGCAGGAGAGAAGCAGCGACACCUGGGGGAGCUGUGCCCCCCCCCGGAGCUGGAGGGGCUGGGGGUAGCCCAGCUGCAGGAGCUGUGCCGGGAGCUGCAUGCCCGCAUAGGGCGCGUGGAUGAGGAGCGUUACGACAUGGGGACGCGCGUCAGCAAGAACAUGGCCGAGAUGGAGGAGCUGCGGCGCCGUGUGGCCGGGGGCCGCUUCGUUCGCCCCGCGCUGCGCCGCGUGCGGCUGUCGGCGGACGCCAUGAUGGCGGCGCUGCUCGGCUCCAAGCACCGCGUGGGCACCGACCUGAGGGCCGGGCUGCGGCAGGUGCGCAAGGACGACGCCGAGAAGGAGAGCCGCGAGGUCGGCGAUUGGCGGAAGAACGUGGACGCGCUGAGCGGCAUGGAGGGGCGCAAGAAGAAGUUUGAGGCACCGGGGGGCGGGCAGGCCUGAGGGAGAGGACCCCCCGGGAGCCCCCCACCCGUCUCCACAGACUCCCCCUCCGUGGGAUCUCCCCACCAGUACCCCUCACCAGCUGUCUUCUGGGCAGACCCUCACCUUAAGAACAUCGUUGUGGCAUCCAGUACCUUUAAUCCCUGCCCCCCCAAUAAUUUACCCCCCUCAAUAAAUUACCCCUCCCCCAAUAAAUAAAUGCUCAUAACCCAUAA